GUUCGUGGUCUGCUGCAAGUCUGCAGCUGCUACCAGCUGCGCACCUGCGACUCGUUCAGGCCCGCUUAGCCACGCCCACUGACGUCUUCACACAACCGCCCGCCGCUCCGCCCACCCACAACGGUCAUUCCACGAUACUCACUGCAUCGUCGAUCGUCGUCGCACAUUACGCUUAUUCAGUCAUGCAACCUAAAGUAAAACUUGGUCCACGCAAGAUCGGAGUUCAGGGUCCGUCCAUCAAGAAGAGGGAAUCUCCCAGAGAGCCUCAAUUCACUCCUGAUGAGAUGGCUGAACUAAAACGCCUCACGGCCCUUCUCCCUCCCCGAGCAGCCAAAGAGCAAGAUCCAGCACAACUCGUCCUCAACGCUGCCAACUACAUCCAGCAACUUGUGGCCACUGUUCAAGCCCGGGUUCAUCGAGGUACCCUACCAGUCGAGGCGCUUGCUGCCCUGCCUCCCGGUUCGUCGGUAAGACCAACGAGAUCUACCACACACAGGAAGAAGAGGCGGUCAAUCGAGAAACAGCACUAAACCGUCUUUGUACCUCUUCAUUCAUAUCGAAGAUGCCUUAGCGUUCAUUCGUUUUUAUUUCUUUUUAUGUGAUCUGUGAUGUCACAGCGGGUUUUCUUGUCAUUAUUAUCUCAU